AUGGAGGAGGUGAAGGAGUCCCCGGUGUCUCGGUCCUCGUCCUUCAGCAUCCAGAGCCUGCUGCUGCCCUCCCCCUCGCCGUCCCCCACGCCGUCUCCCUCUCCGGGCUGUGACUCCCGCAGCCCCAGGAGUCCACACAGUCCCGGGCCCCUGGAGCCCCCGGAGCCCCCGGGGCCAGAGCGCCCAGAGUCCGGGGAGGAGGACCCCGCCGCGGCCAAAGCACCGGAGCAGCCCUCCAGCGGCACCGGGGCCAAGAACGGGAAGUUCGACAAACCCCCAUUCAGCUACAACGCGCUCAUCAUGAUGGCGAUCCGCCAGAGCCCCGAGAAGCGCCUCACGCUGAACGGCAUCUACGAGUUCAUCAUGAAGAACUUCCCGUACUACCGGGAGCACAAGCAGGGCUGGCAGAACUCCAUCCGCCACAACCUCAGCCUCAACAAGUGCUUCGUUAAAGUCCCGCGGCACUACGACGACCCGGGGAAAGGAAACUACUGGAUGUUGGACCCGAGCAGCGACGACGUCUUCAUCGGAGGCACCACCGGGAAGCUGCGGCGGCGCUCCGCCACCUCCCGCGGGAAACUGGCCAUGAAGCGGGGCCUGCGCUUCUCUCCGCUGGGGCUGGGGCUGAACGAGCGGCAGAACAACCCUCUGUACUGGCAGCUGUCUCCGUUCCUGUCGCUGCACCACCACCCGCACUAUAACGGCUCCUCCGCGGGCUUCCUGAACCAGAGCCCCGGGUACGGGCCGCUGCUGCCCGGGGUGGAGCAGCUGGGAGGCUCCAUGCCGCUGGGGCUCACGAACACUUACGGCAUGAGCACGUCUCCGGUGGGCCUGCUGUCCCCGGGACAGACGGGAUACUUCGGGGGAGCGGGGACGCACGCGCCCCCGGGGCACGCGCCCGCGGGACUGUCGGACUCUCUGAGGAGCAGCUCUUUGUCCUUCAGCCCCGUGUCCGCGGGGUUCCCCGGGAUGCUCCAGAAGAGAGUGACCCCCAGCGCCUUCCUCAACUGA